AUGUCCUUCGCAGUGGCGCCGGGUGUGGCGCAGCCUGCGAGUCGUACGCAGGGCGCUCGUGCCCAGAGCACGCAAAACACGCGGAGCGGCGCCAGUUCCUUGGCGGCCCCCGCCGUCGCGGCGGCCAUGGGCGCUUGCGCCGCACGACGGGCGCAGCGGGCGCAAAAGCCGAGGACUGCCACGCGGGUUGUCCAAGAGUUCGAGGACGUGUGCGAGCAGACUGGGGUGACUCUUAGCCGCUACUGCAUCGAGCUCGCCAACCGCGGAAUCAUCGAUUCGGAUUUGGACUCCAUCUUCAACUCGAUCCGCGAGGCUGCCAAGGUGAUCAGCAAGCUGGUCAACACUGCUCCGCUGAAGCAGGCGGAGCUUUUGGGACUGGAGGGCGAAGUCAACGUUCAAGGGGAGGACCAGAAAAAGCUGGAUGUCAUCACCAACGAUGUGUUCAAGAACGCGUUGCGCUACACAGGCAAACUGGGGACAUUGGCUUCCGAGGAGGAGGACGAGCCAGUGGAUGCCUCCUGGAUGGGGACUGGAGAAACGGAAGCUAUCCCAGUGCUCUCAGAGGAGUUUGCCGACACUGGCAAGUACAUCUGUGUCUUCGAUCCCUUGGAUGGCAGCAGCAACGUCGAUGCGGGCAUUCCUGUGGGCACCAUCUUUGGAGUUUUCGAGGAGCCGGACCCUGCGGAGUGUGAGCUGCCAGCGGAUCUUUCCAAGGGCCUCUCCGAGGAGCAGCAGAAGUGCUUGGCUGGAACAUUGCAGCCUGGCAAGUCCCUGGUGGCUGCGGGCUAUGUGCUCUACUCUGCCUCCACCGAGCUGGUGCUGACCUUCGGCAAGGGCGUCGUUGGCUUCACUUUGGACACAAGCAUUGGGGAGUUCGUCAUGACCCGGCCUUCGAUCAAGAUCCCAUCCCGUGGCAAAAUCUACUCCGCCAACACCGGCAAUAUCGCCGAGUGGGAUGAGCCCAUGAGGCAGUACAUUGAAGACAUCCGCGCGGGCAAAGGUGAGUCUGGCAAGCCGUACUCGCUGCGCUACAUCGGCUCCAUGGUGGGAGACAUUCACCGCACGCUGCUCUAUGGCGGCAUUUUUGCUUACCCCGCGGACACCAAGAACCAGGAUGGCAAGCUCCGGCUGCUCUACGAAGGUGCCCCCAUGUCUUUCAUCAUGGAGCAGGCUGGCGGCAAGGCCAUCACCGGACACAGCAGGGUGCUGGACAUUCCCCCAGCUGCUUGGAUUUGA